UAGGACAGAGUGAUAGAGAUACAUAGAUUUAGUCGACCGUUGGAAAACAAACGUUACAGAGGGUUCGUGUUUGUUCAACGUCAACAACACUUAGUAGCCAAACUCUGCAACCAAAAGCAAAAGGUUUUGGGACCGUGUCUUCCUAUUUUAGAGAGAGAGAGAGAGAGUGAGAGAGAGAGAGAUUCAGAUCCAAUCUUUGGUUGGGUGGGCACUAGGUACAAGUUGGAGAGAUUGUUUGUCUGAGGAAAAUUCUUGAGACCCACCUUGUGUGUGUUUGAUUUCAUUCCUCGGAUAUUCCGAAGAUGGUUGCAAGAACCCCACCGAAGCAGAAGAAGCUUUUGGCGGCUCUCAAUCCUGUUCUGAUUAAAGAAACCUUAAACAAGGUGGAUCAAUGCGUCGCUCGGCUGCAGGAGCUUCAGUACACUGUGACUGGUGGAACCAAGGUGGUGUCGGGGGUGACUCUCAGCCCUCGCAGCACAAGAGGUUAUCUCAGAACAAGUCUCAGGUGCAAGCAAGAGUCACUCAGGAUCAAGAAUGGUGCAUCAAGGAGAUCUCCAGUGGGAAAGUUUCCAGCAAACACAGGUGAAUGGAAGAGAAUGUCACUGCCAGCAAUGCUUGUAGGCGAAACUGUUGGAGAAAUUUUGCAGGCAAGUCAGUUUGCGAGGGAAAUAGUCUCAGCGGUUGGUAAGAAAACUGUCCCAGAUGACCCAAAAACUCCAAUGUCUCAACGGAGCAACAAGAAAGUAGAACUUGAAAACACACAGCUGAGGGUGAGAAGGAAGAAAGAGAAGCAAACCAGAGUUCAGAAUGAUGGUACCCCACAACUUCAAAGGGCUCGCUCCAGAAUAAACUUUAAGGUUUCUCCUCCAAAGGUCAGAGAAUUUGAUAAAGAAAGCAACAGGUAUAUGGCAAAUAGGGUAUCUCCCAGGAAUAGGCCAUGGGCUAGAAAAACAGUACUUUUCCCCAACCCUUUGUUCCUUUCCACUCACUCUUCUUCACAGCCACAACCGCAACAGUUUUGCAAGACAAGGUCACCCAUCAUUUCAAGAAAUAGAGGUACAACUUCACACAAAUUUGUUAUAAAGUCUCCACCUUCACCACCACGGCAGCAACAGUCUUGCAAGACCAAGUCCCCUGGCAUAUCAAGAAACAGGGCUGGGACACCUCACAAGUUUUUGAUCAAGUCUCCAUCGUCGGCUUCCAAAUUCCCACCAACUGUGUCUAUUUCACCCACAAGACCUGUAAGAUUGAGCAGAUUCAGUCCUCCCAAGAGAUCAUCAUCAUCAUCCACUGCAUCUAAAUUCCGUCGAUCUUUCUCUCCUUCAAGAAUUGCAUCCAGAUUGGUUUCACUUUCACCGUUAAGGAGCAGGAAAACUGUACAGAAAAAUGAUGUGCUUGUAAGUGGACUCAAACAGCGCCCAACAUCGUCGAUGCAAUUCCCCGUUAGAGGCAUCUAAGAACUCGCCAUUUUCUGGCUACUUUCUUGUAAUUUUUAUCAUCCUGUCAAUUCUUUAUGUCCAUAAUUGUGCUCUUAUGCUUUUCCUCUUUGGCUUUCAGAGAAGGUGCAAGGAUUUUUCUUUAAUGUUCAUAUCAUUUUUUCCUACUCGUUUCAAGGAAAAUCACAGUCGGUGUCUUUUUGCUGUU